CAAAAAUUUGGUAUACUAAACGUUUCGAAAUUUGGUCACACUGUUCUUUUCUUUUUGUGAUUUAGCAUUUGGUGGCACGUUUCUUUGGCACCAAUACCAAGAUGCAAAUCUUUGUGAAAACCCUCACCGGCAAGACCAUCACCUUGGAGGUCGAGCCCUCUGACACCAUCGAGAAUGUCAAGGCCAAGAUCCAAGACAAAGAGGGAAUUCCCCCAGAUCAGCAGCGUUUGAUCUUCGCCGGCAAGCAGCUGGAAGAUGGCCGUACUCUGUCCGACUACAACAUCCAGAAGGAGUCGACUCUGCACUUGGUGCUCCGUCUGCGUGGUGGUAUCAUUGAGCCCUCUCUGCGCAUUCUCGCCCAGAAGUACAACUGCGACAAGAUGAUCUGCCGCAAGUGCUACGCUCGUCUGCACCCUCGCGCCACCAACUGCCGCAAGAAGAAGUGCGGACACACCAACAACUUGCGCCCCAAGAAGAAGUUGAAGUAGACGCUUCGCUACUUUUGUGCUAUCGGCCUGGUGUAUCUGUAGCUCUAACAACGCUACUAUGCUGUGCAUCUGAAUAACAACUUAGUAAAUAUAUUUUUUGUAAAGCAAACGUUAUCAUUGAUCGAAAUGUAUUUACUUGCUGUACGGCAUAUUCCUAA